AUGCCAAACGAGAAGUUCACAAGAAGCCAGCAGCUCGCGGGCGUCAUUUCGAUCCUGGGAGUCAUCCUCAUUGCCCGGCCGGCGGCUCUUUUUCCCAAAGAACCUCACGCAAAGGCGGCCACGGACCUCCAUGACUCGAACCUUCUAUUCGACACUGCUGUCAAAGAGCCCAGUACCAAACAGCAUCUGAUUGCUGUUGGAGCCGGCCUGGUGGGAGUCAUGGGAGCUACAUCGGCAUAUACCCUAAUACGCAAAAUUGGACCGCGUGCCCACCCGCUAGUCAGCGUCAACUACUUUGCUCUCUUGACCUCGGUGAUGUGUCUCCUGGCCGUUCUGGUCAUCCCAGGAGCCGAGCUGAGAAUGCCUGCAAACGUCAACGAGCUGCUUUUGCUCCUUGCCUUGGGUCUCUGUGGCUUUCUCUUCCAGUACCUGGUUACCGCGGGUCUUUCGUACGUACCGCCAAAGAUUGACGGGAAACCAUCUACACAUGGAUCUAGUGCUACCUCCAUGAUUUACCUGCAGAUUGUCUUUGCUCUCUUUUAUGACAAGGUGGUAUGGAACACUACCCCAUCGUCUACCAGUUUGCUAGGCUCUACCGUCAUUCUGCUGAGUGCAUUGUAUGUCGCCCUUGCGGCUGGAAAGAGUAAAAAGAAGGAUACGAGCAGCCAGACGAAGCCGGGAGAAACGCAGAAUACCAAUGGGAACCAUGAUGUUGAGGACCAGGCUUUGCCUAAGCCGUGGAAAGCUCGGGAUCGUUCUUCGGCCAGUGAAGGCGAAACAGAAGCCUUGCUGGGUCAACACAGAAAUGAUUGA